AGCUGGUGCGAUCCUACGCCAUCGUCGAGGAGGUUAGCGAGCAAGUAUUCAGGAGGAAAAUGCAGCUGAAAUCCCAAAGAGUCAUUGCUAAGCCCAGCACAGGCUUCUGGUGGCAGAAAUACAGCCCAUGCCUAUGGUACCUGAGUAACCUCUUCCUGGCGAUUGGUUAUAUUGCUUUGCUGUUUUAUGCCCUUGUCUGGGAAGCUGGGAAUAUUGUCAACCUUCCCAUGAAAACAAUUGGCUUCUACAAUUUCUGCCUGUGGGACCAGGAAGCAGAAAAACUGAAUUGUCUCAUGCCCGAGGAGUUGAAGAAGAUGGGUGUCAACAUGGUCGCGCUGGUGUUGUCAAGGAUCUGCAUAUAUAUCACGCCAGUCUUGUGCCUCUUUGCUGCCAGUACGGUCUUGCAGGCCUUUUGUUUGAAAGACAGAGAUCAGUGGAAACUGGCCUGUGUUCUUUUGGCUAUUUGUGUUUUGAUUUUGCCUGUUGGUCUGGUUUUAUUUACAUUCCACAUUCGGAGGUGGAUUCUCGUCUCUGAAAUUGGCAAGGUUUUUGCAAUGCUAGUUGGGGCUCAUGGUUUGCUCUUGCUCCACGUGGUCAUUAUUGUCCUGUAUCUUGCACGGCAAUUCAAAGACACUCAUCCUAGAGGACAGUUCUUCCCUCAAAGGAGCUUCCCGUAAGCAUGUGAAGUGUCUGCUUGGAUUACCACACGUUGGGAUGGGAGGGAAGGAUAAGUGUGUGCAGCAAUCACACUCCCUUCCA